AUGGCGCAGAAACGACAUGCAUUUGGCCCUGGUGCAGCCUCGACACGCGCGGCGCCUCCCCACGGAUCUUGGCUAUCAGCUGAAGAUACCAUCACCGUUGAUUGCAUCCUCACUGAGAAGGUCCCCAAGGAGUUACUUGUCGCCAUUGCCAAGUUCCUCCCUCCCGUCGAUGUCAAGAACCUUGCAUCAACCUGUCGAGAGUACUUCCCGGUGGUGAUCGAUCAUCUCUAUCGCGACGAUAUCGACUCUGGGCGUUACCGAUCGGUCUACUGGGCCUGCGCGACAGGCUGUCUCCCGACCUUGAAACAGGCGAUUGCAGUGGGCGCGUCAGUCAACCAGUACAUCGAAGAUCCGCUGCGAACGGGUUACACGACACCCUUACUUACCGCUAUUGAUAACUGCGAGCUCGAGAUCAUGCAUUUCCUGCUGGACAAGGGAGCAGACGUCAACCAACCUGAGCAACGCGUCUAUUGCCUGGCGCACUUUCCACUACAUAAGGUCUUGGAGGCGAUGGCUUACGGGCCGAAACCCGAUGCGCAGCGAGACCUGAUCAAUAUCUUAAAGAGACUACUCACUUUAGGCGCCGAUGCAGACCAAGCACAGCUGAUGAAGUCGGAGGAGCGGUGUGAAGAAACCGCUUUGACUUUGGCAAUAGAUUAUCCAGUGCCGGCUGAGGCUUUUCGCUUGUUGUCGGAAGACACCCACGGCAUUUUUCGGCACAAGCGAGCAAUGGUCCAGGUCCUUGUCUCCGAACUCAGUGACGGCAACUACGGCACUUCGGGAAUCGAGGCAAAAGCGGAAAAGCUCCGAAUCAUGCUGAAGCAUUGCCCGCCCGAUCCAGCAUCCAGCCAUUUCGAUACCGAGUGGCUCGAUCCUUGUACUGCUCUUGACCUUGAAGGCAAGCUGUUGUUGGAGGUGGUCCUUGAUGCAGGAUACAACGCGAAUAAUCUUGAUUUGGAGGGCCGCAGUCUCAUCCAACGUAUCGCAAAGCGAAUGAAGUCGUCAACUGUUGACGCCGAGGACAUUGCCCUCUACGGACCCGAGAUGAUCAGAAUGCUUCUCCAGGCCGGAGCUCAUCCAGACUUAUGGUGCAAGGAGGACGACCCUGAGCACAACAGCGCCCUUCUUUUGUUGAGCAGAAUCAAUGGCAAGGCCGCGGACAGCGCUGUUCUCUUGCUUCUUCAGCACGGAGCUCGUCCCAACAUCUGCAUCUCGACCGGCACGACACCUUUGCACAUUUGCUGCAGAUACCCGGAGCACAUAAUCCAGGGCAUCAAGCACCUGAUCAAGCACAAGGCCGAUCUGAACGCGAAGAAUAGCCUAGGACGUACGCCGCUGCAUAAUCUGUGCCUCGGGGGCACUUUGACCAUACUAAAACUGCGGCCGUGGAUCUUCUGGUGCGGCAUGGUGCCAAUCCAUGGGCACAGGACAACAGUGGGCGGACGCCUGCGUUUUGUGCCAUGA